GAAGAAAACAGGAAGUGAGCCAUCAGGGAGCCGGUCUGGGGCUCGUAGUCCAUUUUUAGGUGGCGAAUGAAUGGUUUCUGGCUGAUCCCUGGUGAAGCGGGACUAGGGCUCUGAGGCUUGAGUACCUGGGCAGGCAGAGUAUCAUGGAAGACGACGCCCCAGUGAUCUACGGGCUGGAAUUCCAGGCACGUGCGCUAACACCUCAAACUGCGGAAACAGAUGCCAUUCGCUUCUUGGUUGGGACGCAGUCUCUUAAAUAUGAUAAUCAGAUCCACAUCAUAGACUUUGAUGAUGAAAAUAACAUUAUAAAUAAAAAUGUCCUCCUCCAUCAAGCGGGUGAGAUCUGGCACAUCAGUGCCAGCCCUGCAGAUAAAGGUGUGCUGGCCACCUGCUACAACAAAACUUCAGACAGCCGAGUCCAGGCGUGUGCAGCUGUGUGGAGGAUGCCCAAGGAAUUAGAAUCCGGUAGCCACGAGUCCCCUGACGACCCUGCAAGUACUGCUCAGACCCUGGAGCUGCUCUGUCACCUUGACAACGCAGCCCAAGGCAACGUGGCCUGUGUCGUGUGGGAACCAAUGGGGGAUGGGAAGAAGGUCAUUUCCCUGGCUGACAGCCACAUCCUGCUGUGGGACCUCCAGGCCAGCUCAAGCCAGGCUGUGCUGGCCAGCUCAGCAGCACUGGAAGGAAGGGGACAGCUGAAGUUUACUGCAGGGCGGUGGAGCCCACACCACAACUGUACCCAGGUGGCCACAGCAAGUGAUACUACCCUUCGAGGCUGGGAUACACGGAGCAUGAGCCAGAUAUACUGCAUAGAGAACGCUCAUGGGCAGCUGGUGCGUGACCUAGACUUCAACCCCAACAAACAGUAUUACCUUGCCAGCUGCGGAGAUGACUGCAAGGUGAAGUUCUGGGACACACGGAAUGUCACUGAGCCUGUGAAGACCCUGGAGGAGCACUCCCACUGGGUUUGGAGUGUGCGCUACAAUCACUCUCACGACCAGCUGGUCCUCACUGGCAGCAGCGACAGCAGAGUCAUCCUGUCCAACAUGGUGUCUAUCUCCUCAGAGCCCUUUGGCCACCUGGUGGACGAUGAUGACGUCAGUGACCCAGAGGAGCACCAUGCUGAGAAGAGUAAGGAACCCCUGCAGGACAACGUUAUCGCCACCUAUGAGGAACAUGAGGACAGCGUGUAUGCUGUGGAUUGGGCCUCAGCUGACCCAUGGCUGUUUGCUUCCCUAAGUUACGACGGGAGACUAGUUAUCAACAGAGUCCCCAGGGCACUGAAGUACCACAUACUGCUCUAGUGGCCCAUGGCACUGCUGCUUGGUACUUGGCAAGUUCUCAGAAAUCUGCAGCGUCGAGGUAAUUCCCUUCGCAGACAGAUCCCUCCUUGGGAGAACAUGGAGCUUCUGCCAGCAGCUCGUCUGAUGCUGUUGGCACACUGCUCAGCACGAGAGGGAGCCAUACUGGACACAGCUGUUCCUGUGGGAAUUGAUGGCUGCCCAGUCUCUGGUCGUUUUCUGGUUUGUUUUAAGGGUGUUGGGAGUUUAACUUUUCCUCAGUGUGUUUCCACCUUCCUGUUGUCAUGAGAUUACAAACUGAAAUAAAGUCAGUGGGAUGCGCACAGCCUCCUCCUUUCAGGCUCCUGCCCCACUGGGGAAAUCAUUA